AUGCGCCUCUUCGUCUCGGCUCUCUUGCUGGGCGGCAUCGCCUCGUCUUCAGUCGUGCCACUCCAGGGGCCGCGACCUCUCGUGGGCAGAGGUCUCAGCCCUCAACUGAAUGUCGCUACAAGCCUGUUGGAUCAGAAGUGGGAUGCAGUCAUCAAUGGAGCAGACGUGCUGGAAAGUGACCUUCUCCAAGGCAUCCCCAGGUGGCUCGGCGGGGAUCUCACCUCCUACGCCCUCCGCACGAGAUCCGUUGACCCGGGGUCUCUGAAGGUCGACACGGUCAAGCAGUAUAGCGGGUACCUGGAUAACAAGAUUUCAGACAAGCAUCUCUUCUACUGGUUCUUCGAGUCAAGGAACGAUCCCGCCAAGGACCCGGUGAUCCUGUGGCUCAACGGCGGCCCGGGGUGCUCAUCCAUGAUCGGGCUGUUCACCGAGAUGGGCCCGGCCUUCAUCCCCAACAAGGACCUCAUCCCAGUCCGCAACGCAAACUCGUGGACCAACAACGCCUCCAUUAUGUUCCUCGAUCAGCCCGUCAACGUCGGGUACUCGUACAGCAGCCAGAGCGUGAACACGACCGCCGUCGCCGCCAAGGACGUCUACGCCUUGCUUACGCUCUUCUUCCACAAAUACCUGCAGUACUCGAAGCUGCCGUUUCACCUCGCCGGAGAGUCGUACGCCGGGCACUACAUCCCGUCGAUCGCUCAGGAGAUUCUCGACUCCAAGAACCCGCUGAUCAACCUCAAGAGCAUCAUGAUUGGGAACGGGCUGACGGAGCCGUUGACGCAGUAUCAGUACUACCGCCCCAUGGCCUGCGGCGACGGCGGCUAUCCCGCGGUCGUCAACGAGACCUCCUGCCAGGCCAUGGACGCCAUCUGGCCGGGCUGCGAGAAGCUCAUCCAGCAGUGCUACCAAGACGGCAGCAGCACCUCGGCGUGCGUCAACGCCACGUCGACCUGCAACGGCCUCCUGGACAUUUACGCGAGCUCCGGGCGCGACAUCUACGACGUGAGGAACCCAAACGGCGCGGGCCAGAACUCGUACGGGCUCGAGUUUCUCAACUCGGACAAGGUCAAGAAGGCGCUGGGCGUCGAGGUGAGCAGCUUCCAGGCGUGCAACAUGACCGUCUACGAGAGCUUCAUCAAGGCGGGGGACUGGAUGCGGCCGUCGUCCUUCCCCGUGGUGCAGGCGCUCACCAAGAUCUCGGUGCUCGUCUUCGCGGGCGACGCCGACUUCAUCGGCAACUGGCUGGGCAACCGCGCGUGGACAAACGCCCUCUGGUGGCCGGGCAAGGGGGAGUUUAACAAGGCCGAGUCCAAGCCGGUGCGUGUCGCGGGGACCAACGACAGCUACGGCGAGAUCAAGGCGGCGCAGAACUUUGCGUUUAUGCGGAUAUUCAAGGCGGGCCACACGGUGGCGAGCUACCAGCCCGUGGGGGCGCUGGAUAUGAUGGUGCGCUGGGUGCGUGGCGAGUGGGCUCGGAUGUGA